CAUUACAUCGUUCAGGUGAAUCGAAACUCAAACGCAAAUCCAUUUCCUUACUGAAACCUGAUCUUUUUACCAGGAAAACGGGAUUAAACAUCUGCAGGUAAACACUAAAAUAUCAGGAACAAGAGAAGUAAAGAAAAAGAGAAAUACAGUUUGUCAUGGCUUCCUCCAGCAGUGUCCUGUGUGAAGAUCAGCUCCAGUGUCCCAUCUGUCUGGAUGUGUUCACUGAUCCAGUCUCUACUUCAUGUGGACACAACUUCUGUACGAUCUGUCUCAAAGAGUUCUGGGACAGCAGUUCACACUGCCAGUGUCCAGUGUGUAAAACCAGUUUCCCAAAAAGACCUGAGUUAUGUGUGAAUACAUUCAUUUCUGCACUUGCUGCUCCAUUUAAAAAGUCAGUCCAGGUAAAAUCUUGCACUACUGCAGAUCAGCUUCCUUUCAAGACUAAGAAGGUUCUGUGUGACUCCUGCACUGAGGAAAAGCUGGAGGCUCUAAAGUCCUGUCUGCACUGUGGAGUUUCUUACUGUAACACUCAUCUGAUGCCUCAUAAAACUACAGCUAAACUCAUGAAGCACAAACUGAUAGACCCUGUGAAGAACCUGGAGGACUACAUCUGUCAGAAACAUGAGAGACCCCUGGAGCUGUUCUGUAGAGAUGACCAGAUGUGUGUGUGUCAGUUCUGUACUGAGGGAGAGCACGAAACUCACAACACUGUUCCUCUAGAGAAGGAAAUUGGAGAGAGGAAGAUUCUGUUGGGAAAAACACAAACAGAAGUUCAGCAGAUGAUCCAGGAGCGACUGAAGAAAAUGGAAGAAAUCAAACACUCUGUAAAACUCAAUAAAAAAAACAGAGAGAAGGAGAAAGCAGAUGCUGUGGAGAUCUUCAGUAAUCUGAUGAGCUGCAUUGAGAGAAACCAGGCUGAGCUGCUUGAGGUGAUGGAGGAGAAGCAGAAAGCAGCAGAGAGGCGGGCUGAAGAGUUCAUUAAAGAGCUGAAGCAGGAAAUCACUGAGCUAAAGAGGAGAAACACUGAACUGGCGCAGCUCUCACACACUGAGGAUCACCUCCACCUCCUACAGAUUUACCCGUCACUCUGCAGACCUCCACACACCCAGGACUGGACUGACAUCACAAUUAACACUCAUCUGAGUGUGGAGACUCUGAGGAGGUCUCUGUCUCAGCUUCAGGAAACUUUUAGAGAGGAAAUGGAGAAGAUUGAUCAAACUGAAUUGAUGAUAAUUCAGCAACAUGCAGUGGAUGUUACUCUGGAUCCUGAUACAGCUCAUCCUAAUCUCAUUUUAUCUGAUGAUGGGAAACAAGUUACAGAUGGAGACACACAACAGAACCUGCCUGAUAAUCCAGAGAGGUUUGAUCAAGAAUUUAAUGUGUUGGCAAAGGAGGGAUUUACCUCAGGGAGAUUUUACUAUGAGGUGCAGGUCAGUGGGAACACUGAGUGGGAUUUAGGAGUGGUCAGAGAGUCUGCUAACAGGAAAGGGGAGAUUACAUACAGCCCUGAAAAUGGAUACUGGUCUGUGUGUCUGAGGAAAGAGACUGGAUAUAAGGCUCUGGACACUCCUCCUGUCUUCCUUUCCUUGAAACAGGCUCCUCAGAAGGUGGGGGUGUUUGUGGAUUAUGAGGAGGGUCUGAUCUCCUACCAUGAUGUUGAUGCAAAAUCUCAUAUCUACUCUUUCACUGGUCAGACUUUCACUGAGAAUCUUUAUCCAUUUUUUGGCCCAUCUCUAUAUGAAGAAGAUGCGUAUUCGGAACCACUGAUCAUCUGUCCUGUUAAUCCAAUCUAACCUCCAUUUUCCAGUCUUAGAAAUUAUUCUUUAACUUACUUGAUAAUGAUUAAAACUUCUUGGCAUUGUCCAUCAUUCCUGAUAUCUAUAGUUAAUACAGUUUUGCUAAUCGACAGAAACAUGAUUAGAACUGAGCCUUGCAAUUAAAAUGUCUAUCAAAAUCCAAAACAUUUCAGUUUCUGCCAUUUCUAAUUGCAAGCAAAUUCUUUCCUAACUCAUCUCCACUUAAAUUCUUUUUCUCCUGUUAUAUGUACUUCCUAAGAUCUUAGAUAUUUGGAGUCUACUAAAUGCUUUGCCUAAAGCAAUUGUUUAAAUGUUGCUUUUCAUUUAAAGAAUCUUGAUGUGAGGAUAAAUCAAAGAGCUCUGUAAAACAUGACAUGAUACGUAAAUGAUUUGAUGAGAGUGCUUCUCUAAUACAUCAAGAAUAUACAAGAACAUAGAACCGUAGAUGAUUGUAUACUUUGCUGAUUUAUUAAAUUAACAUUAUUAAAGUUAUAUAACAAAAAAGUAAACGUAUAAUAAGAAUAAAAUGAUGAUGAUGGUAAUGGUUGUUGUUGUUGAUGUUGUCUUCAGUACACAGGACAAGUGAGAUAACUUUACCUACAGUGGAGUGUUUCCUUUUCAGCCCAUGACUUCAUGAAGGCUUCAGUAAAGCCCUGUCCUGUCCUGUUUUACAUAAAUAAUAACAUAGCAUUUGAAUUAUUCAUUUAAAUACAUGUGAAAUAUUUUAGUAAUUUUAAGAGCAUGAUUGAUUAUGAUAAAAGCACAGAAAUUCUUCAAUAAGUGUUUGAGUGUGAGUUCAGCAUGACUCCGCCUGUUACUGUGAGAUUCUUGAGUAACAUAUUGAUUGUAAUUAUAAUAGAGGAUUCAUUGUGCAUUUUAUAAACUGGAUCUGUUUCUGUCAAACUAAAUAAUAAAUAAAACCCCACAACAUAAAUAUAAUGAAAAGAAAAAUGUAGCCUGAAGUUUGUAACAAUAUUGUUUAUAAUAAAUUUAUUUUAAAAACAAAAUCACUCCAAAGUACACAGUAAAAUACAGUUGGUUAAUUAUGCAUUACAUUUUUCUAGGUGAUUAAUCAGACUUGGGAAAUUUGGGAAUUUUUAGCUAAUGCCUGGAAAUGUUUAUUAACAUGCUGCAUAUUAACCCCCUGUGACUAAUAUACUUGACAUUAUUUUACAGUAAAUGCAGAUAUCAGAUAGAUGGUAACAGGUGGAUCUUAAAAACAGGACAAGAAUAAGUUUGGUGUGAUUGUGUAAACUAUGGGAAAGAGGUAGAAUAGUUCUCUGGAGAUUAUUUAGUAAAUCUAGUGGCCACUAAGUGUAAUUAUAAUGAAUGAACGUCGGUUAGGGGCGUGCUUAAUGACGUCACUGGGCAGAAACGAAAGCAAAGUUUGAAACGGUUUCCUGAUCUGGAUUCAGCACGUGUUGGCGGGACACAAUCUCCAUUUGGAAGCAUUUGUAGUUUUCCUUCAAGGAACUGAAACCACAGCAGGUAACGUGUAAGUGUGCUGGAACGCGGGGAGAGAGCAGGAAAAAUGAGAGACUAAAGAUAUGCUUCUGUAAUUCGUUGGGUAUCUCAUUGUGGAUUGAGAAUUUAACCGCCUUAGUUUCUCCUACACAGGCUGAACACCAGGUCAAACAUGAACAUGAUGCAUAAAUCCUCUUACACAUCCCAGCCUGUUUUCCCACAUUGCAUUUAUAGAUGAGACAGGAUGCGCUCACUGGUCUGUAUUGACCUGACCAGCAUGGAGUUUUAAACACAGUACAGUAAAGAGGUCUCUGCCCAGUAUAGCUGAUCCCUUUUUACAGUGUUUUAGUCUGUGGUAUUACAAUGGCUGCCUGUUGGCUUUGUUGGCGGAAGCGGUAACGUUUAGCAACCACAUUAACUUGAUGGACAAAAAAUCCUGUAUUGCACUCAAAGCAGAAGUGUACAUAUUGUCUCCCUAAUCAGUCACAUUCAGGGUGUAAAACAAUCUUUGACCCUCGGGUCUGAGGCAGUGUAUCAGAAGAGCACACUUCCUAGCAUUAAGAAGCACCUCGCACAGGGCCAGUAAGAAAUUGUCAAAAGUUUUGAUCCAUGCUUUAAAUGGGAUCGGUGGUUAACCCGGUGUUUGCAAGAACGGUGUGGUUUGACUUAGACUCAACAUUAUCUUCAUCACCAAUAUGUUGAGUGUCUCAAAUAAAAGCAAAUACACUCUGUGCCUGGAACUCUGCGUAAAACUUUUAUUCAUCAUGCCUACUUCUUUUCUUAUCUUUCUACCAUCCUUAACUCACAUAUGAGGGCUCCCUCUAGAGGCUUACUCAGAACACCACAGCAGAAAAUGCUAAGGUUGUCCUGAUCGGGUGUUUUUUAGUAGCCAGGGAGUGACCAAUGUUUUUUUUUUCUUUGUUUCUGUGUUUGAAUCAUGUUUAUAAAACCUAAGUGUAACAAAUGAUUAUACACAGUUGUGCUCAAAAGUUGGGAGAAUUUGCAAGCUGUGUACCAUUUUUUUUUAAUAUGAGUUAGAAGGCAAAACAAAUGUAUUUUAUUUCUUAUAGGACUCAAGUUCAUAUGUAAGGCAUAACAGAAUGGCACAAUCAUCAAAUAUGGCAAUAAAGAAAAUGAGAAAAUAACCAAAAGCUUCACACCUAUAGUUCUUAAUAUUGUGUAUUCCCCUUUUAGCAUCAGUGAUGGCAUGCAGUCUUUUGUAAUAAUUGUGCAUGAGGUAUUUACUUCUCUCAGGUGGUAUAGCUGCCCAUUCUUUUUGGCAAAAUGCCUCCAGUUCCUGUGAAUGUUUUGGUUGUCCUGAAGAAACUGGACGUUUGAGAUUUCCCCAAUGUGUCUCAAUGAUUCAGAGGUCAGGAGACUGUGAUGGCCACUCCAGAACCUUCACAUUUUUUGCUGUAUCCAUUGGAGGGUCAACUUGGCCUUGUGGUUUGGAUCAUUGCCAUGAUGGAACAUCCAAGAGCAUCCCAUGCUCAGCUUUUGUGCUGUAAAAUGCAAAUUGUCUACAGUAUUUUCUGAUAACAUGCUGCAUUCAUCUUCCCUGUGCCACUGGAGCUCACACAGCCCCAAAACAUAAGAGAUCCACCACCAUGCUUUAGAGUGGGAAUGGUGUACUUUUCACUGUAGGCCUUGUUGACUCCUCUACAUACAUAGCGUUUAUGGUUGUGACUAUAAAGUUCAAUUUUGGUCUCAUCACUCCAAAUGACUCUGCUCCAGAAACUGUGAGGCUUGUCUAGGUGCUGUCUGGCGUACUGAAUGUGGGCCUUUUUGUGGCAUGGGCACAGUAACGACUUUCUCCUGGCAACUCGACCAUGCAGGCCAUUUGUGUUCAAGUACCACCUUAUUGUACUCCUUGAAACAACACCACCACUUUUUUUCCGAGCAGCCUGUAUUUCUCUCAAAGUUGUUUGUGGGUUUUUCUUUGUGUCCUGAACAAUGCUUCUGGCAGAAGUGGCUGAAAUCCUUCUUGGUCUACCUGACCAUGGCUUAGUAUCAACAGAACCUCUUUUUUAAUCUCUUUGUCAGAGUUUGAACUGACUGGCAUUUUCAAGUGUUGAGAUAUCUUCUUAUAUCCUUUUCCUGCAUUAUAAAGUUCAACUACUUUAUUACACAGGUCUAUUGGCAGUUCUGUUGUCUUCCCCAUGGUACAAUAUCCAGCCAAGUCAGUGCAUCACCAAAUGAGCUGAGAUACUCACUGACUAUAUAUGCACAGACACUAAUUACAAUUACAAUGAAUCACAGAUCUGAAAACUUUAAUAGCCCUUUGAACUUCUGAGUGUCACCCUGUGUGUUUAUAACAAUAUAAUAAUUGCAAGGGUGCCGAUAUUUUUAGUCAUGAGUCAUGACUGUAUAUACCACAUGGGCCAGCCUUUGCUCCUCACAUGCAUCAAUGAGCCUUGGCCACCCAUUACACUGUUGCCAGUUCACCACUGUUUCUUCCUUGGACCACUUUUUAUAGAUACUGACCACUGCAGACUGGGAACACCCCACAAAAGCUGCAGUUUUAGAGAUGCUCUGAUCUAGUUGUCUAGUUGUCUAUCACAUCAAUACAAGUAGUUUAUACAAGUAGUAUAAAUAAAUAGUAUAUAGCAAAAACAAAAGAUUUGGCUUUUUCCUACUGAUACUAUUGGUACAGCUUUUCUAAAUAUGUGUAUGUGUGGCGGUACUAGAUUUGGGUCUGGUAGCUGCACCACACCAGCCAAGAUCGCGAUGUCCGUCUGAUCGGUUACAACGAUGAGGUAAAUCUUCUCACAAUUUAGUCCAGCGUGUUAAUGGUCACACGAGCGACCGCAGAAGCAAAUCUCUCCAAUGGUCAUACGAACAUGAAAGCCAAAAGCCUGCUGCACCGUUGCUUAGCCAACCAUUAGCUGAUAAUCGUCAGUUUAACCCACACAAGUAUUCCCUCUAGCGAUGAAUGUAAACUUCCAGUUCCACUCCUCAGUCCACACUCACAGGCAUUCACACGGAACUCCGGAAAUGAGGCAAUGCUAGGUAGGGGUGCUUCCCAUGAUGUCACUACUGCUCAUUUUAUACCCUUGGAACUAAAGCCCAAUCAAGUCCCAGCCUGAUCACUCUUAAAGUGACAGUACUGCUACAUAUGCAUAAAUGAGCUAAGUAUUGAGCAAAUACCCAAUACCCAGUUGAUAUAAAUGCAUUCCUAAUAUCUUCUUCUUAUUCUUUUUCUUCUACUUCUUCUUCUUCGUCAUCUU